AUGAAGCGGCGACGUACUGGCGGUCCGAAGAUGGUCUGGGAUAUCGAGGAUGACGCUGCGGCGCACUGGCGGUCCGACGAUGGCGAUUCGAUUUAUGAUACCGGAAAUUUGAUUCGGGAGGUGCCGAUUGGUGCCUCGACUCCAUUCGCGCGCUUACCUUACGGCCGAGACUUCCACUGGACACCCACCGACCGUUGCUCGAAUGGCCUUCUCAUGAUUGAUUUCAUAGCACGAGCUUCCGGGCUUCCUCUUCUUCACGCCUAUAAGGAUCCGAACGGCGAAUUCAGCAACGGUGUCAAUUUUGCGAUGGCGGGGUCCACUGCCUUGUCAUGCGACACGUUGGCCGCCAUGCAU